GUGCUUUUGAAUCGUCUCACUUUCUUGAUCAAGCCUCUCUUUCGUAGCAAAUCGUGUCAGCCAGUUGCUAGGUCAUGGCUAAAGCCAAGGAGAACAAGGCGAACAAAACUCAGAAUGGUGAUGAUGCCCCUGUGGCUCCUGGUUCUAUCUCGGAGGCCCCUAAGGAUGGCGAAGGACCUGUGCUCACAGUCAUCACGAAGAGGUUGCGGGCUGCCAACAAGAAGCUCAAGCGCGUUGAGGAGAUCGAAAGCGCAAGGGCGGCCGGGAAGACGCUCAAUGCUGAUCAGGAAGAGGUGCUGCGGGGGAAGGCCAAGGUGCUUGGGACCAUUGAGGAGCUGGAGAGGUUGACUCCCCUGCUGAAGGAGGCUCUUCAGGAGGAGCGGUCAUCCCUCGAAGCAGCUGCCCAGAGCGCCGCAGAGAAGUUUGCUCGUGCGGUUGCCGAGCAAGAAGCUGCCAGUAAGAUUGAUGCUCUUGAAGAGGCCAAGGCUGCGACAGAGCGUUCUGCAGCAGCGGCGCAGGCAGAGGCAGCGGAGGCAAAGCAGCAACUGGCAGAACUCCAAGCUGCACCGAGUGGGGAAGGAGUGGACAGCGCUGUCACUCGCCUCCUCCAGCUCAUCUACUUUGCAAUGCUUUUUCUGGACGAUGGCUCUCACCAGCACCAGUCGGAGCGCAGUGCAUGCCGAUCCUAUGACUACGAUGACGAGGGCAAUCCGGAUGCUGUCCUGUCCUCCAACGACCUGACCCUCAUCUCUCAGCUGGGCCAGCUCAUCAUCCAGCGCUCUCCAAACCAGACUUUGUGUCAUCAGGACUCACUGGCACACUGCAAGGAGCUGGCGACAAAAUUCCUGGAAAGGUCGGAAGAGCUGCUGCCUCUGCUGAAUACCAGUGCUGCAUAUGUUGCGGAGCGUCUGGAGCGCGUGCUGAGCCUGGGGUACAUCACAGUCGUGCCUCAGGUGGUGCAGCUGCCAACAGACCCGGUGCAGCAGCCAGAUGCCAGUUCAGGCAUCAUUGGCAACGGCAUGUAUGCUGCCCACGACGAGCCGAUCUAUUCUGCUCCUGACGUGCAGCCCCUCAACUCUGCACCCCUCGUCACCGGAUUCUCGUCUGCCCCUGCUGAGUACAAGGAGUCCCAGGCCAACUACUUCCCCAUGAACCAGGACGCUGUCUUUGCCCCGCUGAUGGACGCUUCACCUGCACCCCCCGUCGACCAGGGCGCCCACUACCCCACCGACGCCGCCAACCAGGCCCAUCAGCUGAACUUCAUGACCGAGAGCAAGGUGCUGGACAGCGCGCCCUCCGGCCACACAGACACCCUGCCCGCACCCGUCGAGCCUGUCGCCGCGCCGCAGGCAUCCAUGCCCCAGCUGGAGGCGGCCAACGGCUACCCAGUGCAGCAGGCGCCCAAUGGCGUCCCGGAGCCCCGCAGCGACCGCCCGGGCCCGGGCCAGAACCGCGGCGGCCGCGGCGGCUCGUACCGCGGCGGGCCCCCCCGGGAAGCGCGCGGUGGCCGGGGUCCCCCCCGCGGCGGCCGCGGUGGACCCCCCUCCGGCCGCGGGAGCGGCGACCUGGGGCCGCGCGGAUCUGGCGAGCCCUCCCGGGGCGGCCGCGGCGGACGCGGCGGCAACCGUGGCCGCGGCCGAGGCCCUCCGGGCGGCCCCCAGCCGACCUACGCCGCUGUCUGA